UCAAUCCUUUCUUGUAAUUUUUUGACAGUAGCGUGUUUCACCAGUUUUUCUUGUAUAUUUAAUAGGAAAUUAUGGCUGAAGCUAUGAAACAAACUGUGGCAACGAUGCUGAAAGGCAUUGAAAGGUACAAUCCAGACAAUCUGCCGACUUUGGAGAGAUACGUUGAAAUUCAGUCCAGGGAGAAUGCGUAUGAUUUGGAAGCUAACUUGGCAGUAUUAAAGUUGUAUCAGUUUAAUGCUCACAGUUUUAAUGCUGAUAUUUGUGGACAAAUUUUACUUAAAGCUCUUACGAAUUUGCCACAUACUGAUUUUAUCCUCUGCAAGUGUUUAAUGAGCGAAAGACAAUUGCAACAAGAACCUAUCAACCAAAUCAUCUAUUUGGCUGACAUUUUGGAACAAUGUGAUUUCCUUAUGUUCUGGACGAGAAUUCACUCUCUACCUGAACUAACCCAACGUAUUACCGGAUUUUUGGACUCCAUUAGGAAGUUUGUGUGCCACGUGGUUGGCAUUACUUACCAAUCGAUCGGCAGGGGUAAAUUGGCAGAACUUCUUGGGGAUGUUGACGACAGCACUUUAAAACACUGGAUCAAGAAAUACGGAUGGAAGGAAGAAAGCAACCUGGUCUUUAUUGCCAAUCAAGACGAGAACAUUAAAACUAAAAAUAUCAACGAGAAAAUUGAUUUUGAAAGUGUGGGGGCUAUUAUGGCCUCUUGCAGAUAAGUAAUUUUUUUUAAUAAAGAUUUUUGUUUAA